AUGUCCAGCCGUGCGCAAGCAAUAAUCAACGUUGAUGAUGAUGAUGAGAACGACGGCGCGGGCCAAGACCCGCAAAAAGAGUGGGACUUGCUACGCAAGUUUCUUGUGAGCCAUCUGCUGGGCGUGGGCAGAUCAGACAUCACGAGAAGCAUGCUUGUGCGUGUCAAACUUCCUGCUGGGCCGAACUUGACAAAAGAGAAUGUAGUCCAGGAGCUUGUGAAUAACAAGAUCCUGGCAGAAACGACUGGCCGAGGCAAGACUGCCGAAGUUUACAGGCCUCUGCUGGAAUGCGCCAAUCUUCAGUCGGUGCUCAAGCUCGAAAAGACGCAUGUGCAAAUGUUUUUUCCCGAAACCCUUCAGAUCCGAGACUUUGCAGAGUAUGUGCAGGGCUGCCCCGUCCGCCGGGAGAACGCUUUGGUGCUGGGCAAGUUUUUUGGCGCGGCCAAGAGUCCACCACUGCGGGGCCGACCCUCAAAGACUGACGUCGACUGCUUCGACAAGAGCGACGCACGUCACGAGCGCGGGAGAAAGCUACUGGAGCAGGAAACUUUGUUCAGCGAAAUCCUUGUAGAGGUGACUAAGGCAUCAGGCAGCGCCCCUACCGCAUCGAGUCAAGAUGCUCAACCAGCCAAGCGUCGGCGAGCGAAAUCAAAGGAGCUUCAGAAGGUGAAGGAAGAGUCGGUCGAUGUGAAGCCAUGCACUCAAGACAUAAACGUGGCAAGUGUUCCGGAAACGGCGCACGUUCAUCGAGCUUACGUGUACUCAGAUGAGGUGCCAUUUCGAUCGCGCAGGACAGUGAGGGGGGCCGGCAUGCAAAAGUUUUGCAGACGCGCUGUCUUGCGCUUGGCCUCGGGAACAGUGGAUCUUGAUGUGGAGAACUCGGUUUUCACGCUGAUGUACCAACUUAUCAAGAAGCUAGCUAUCCGUCCACCUCCUCCAGACAACGUUCUCGAGACUCUCCGCCAGUGUGCCGAAGAACGAAGUCGUGCGGAUGGGAAGGACAAGCUCAUCAAAGUCUUCAAUGGAGGAGGAAUUCCUUCAUCUGAAGGAGUCGCCAAAAGCUUCUUGGAGGAUGUGUCCAAAGUCUCAAUUUACUGCCGAUGGCUUGCUGCAUCUUGCUUUCCGGACGAGCACGCGAAAUUUAAGCAAGAGGGUAAGAAGAAAAACGCAGAUUCUUCUCUUCUCUCUUACUUUUACCACGCCGUGGAAGAUUCUGUGCUGUCAGCAAUUGCCGACUAUCUCCUGGCUCAGAACCCAAAGCAUCUAUCCCUGCAUUAUGACGGCGUCCGUGUUACUCGGCCCGAAGCCGGCACAACGGAAGAACUGUGUGACAAGUUGCAAGAGCAGGUGCAGCAGGCAACUGGAUUUCGAGUAGUUCUGCGGGAGAAGCUUCAUCGCACGGUGUUGGAGAUCAUGUCUGAAGCAGGAAAUUGUAAGGAGGCAUCUGUGCUGGCACCAGACUCCAUCUUGCGUGCAAGUGGCAACUGCAUUCCAGCUGCAGUGAGUCUGUUGCUACAGCGUGUGUCAGACGUGGAGCGUGCUGUCGUUGCUGAUGGCAACUGUUCCCGGGGCCAAGUCGUCGAUCCUGGGGCACCAACAGGCCCGACGACGCGGUCAUACAGGGAAUGCGAAAAGCUUUUGGCCAUGAAGUUCCUCCCGUGCUUUCCUGAGCAAGAUUCAGCCUCAACACAAUGGCAGCCGGGGAAUUUUGUGUUGCACAUGGAGAACGGCGGUCAGCCCCACUGCGUGGGACUUCAUGUUGCCAAUGAUCUGGCAGUCAAAGUACUGGACGCAAGCAACACUUUUCAGAUCGAAGCUUCAAUCCUGGAUCAAGCAAUGCAGGACGGAUGCGACAGUCACACUUGCGUUCUUUUCAGUAUCGCACGCGCCGCAGAGCAGAUCACACCCCACGCUUGCUGGGAGCCUCAGGCACUGGAAGCUCUGUUGGACCUGGAAGCUGGUGCUUCCGAAGCCAUCGAGGUUCUAUCUGACGAUGAAUGUCCAGAGAGUGUCGCAAGCAGCGUGUCCGAUACUGAGUGGGUUGAUGGCGAGCUGUGCUUGGAUGAAGAUGCCCAGGUGCUCACGGACAGCAAUCUUCUUGAGGGCAUGAAGCAAGAGGUGGCCAAAGUGCUAGCCAAUAAAGGCGAACAGUGCUUUGAGCAAACAAGGCAAGUGACGCCAGCUCUCAGUCACAAGAACAACGCCAUCGACAGACACCUACGUCUUAUCUUCUCUGCUACAGGACCUUUCUAUGCUCGAGCAGAUGCGGUGUUCUCCUUGAAAGCCCGAAGAGCAGGUGAUCUCCAUUUCACGCACUGCUUUGCCGAGAAGCUUUUUCGCGAAAUGUUGUUCAAUUCGGGGAAGGUGCACACUGCAUGGACUCGAAUGGUGCUGGAUGCUUCAGUGGCUGGGUCCAAGCUGACCAACCUCUUUCCCGUGCACAGCAGGUCCUGGUGGCCUAUGGUGGAAGACAUUUUCAGCUCCAGAGUUUGCCAAAGGCUUGCGCAGCAACUCCUGCUUGAAUGCGUGAAGCACAACGAGUUCACUUACCUUUCCGUCGAUGGUACUGUGAAGUGCACUAUGCCGCUUCUCGGCCAGAAGAAGCCUGGUGGAAAGCAAAGGAAGUCUGAGCCACUCUUCAUCAACGGGGCAGACGCGAUUCACACUGUAGUGACUGUACGGGGACGCUCUGGAGCAGUCGUCGGCUUUUGGCCGUUACUUUCAGAGAAGGCGGAACACUUGCAGGAGGCAUUUCUGUGCAACUUGCCUCAGGCAGCUCUUGCCCAAGUCCAGUGCGUGGCCACAGACGCACCGUCUUCUCACAUGUUCUCGCUCCUGCAGUCGAUUAUGCCCAACCUGCAAUGCUUGUGUCUGGACCCAGUUCAUCUAGCCAUCAAAUAUGAGUACGCAACAGGGCGCCGAAGAACGAAAGGUUCCGGAAGAUUGCGCGCGUGCUUAGGCAAGUUCAACGCAACCGACGCAAGUUUUGCUGCGGGGCAUUGGGGCCCUUUUUUUUCUGGCGCGAGCGCGACAUCAUUGUCCGCGCGAGAAGCAUGUUUGCGUGAGCAGAUUCGCUCAGGUGGCAUGGCCACGAGAAAGGCUUCGUCUAUCUUGCAGCAGGUCGAAGAAAAGGUGGUGUGGGCAAACCGAACCGAGUUUGUCGAGUCCCUGGCCGCAAUCUCCAAGAUGUUCCGCCACGAGGUUGAGCGCAAGGGAGAGAAAAAGGGAAUGUUUGUGUAUGAUCAUCUCGCUCAUGCGGCCGAAGCGGACAGACUGGAAUGGUUGCUGAACAAUUUGCGGUUUCGGUCAACACAACCCGGCUCUGUGCUAAGCCUUUUGGCGUCAGGCACAACCUCGAACGAGGCCUUGCACGCAGAGAUGCGCUCGUGGUUCCGGCAAAUUCAGUCCAUGCAUCAGUCGUCUCUUCGUUUGAAGUGUUCCGCAUUCCGGCUGCGCAAGCUGUUGGAGCACAACACUGCUCUUUAUCGACCCACUGCCAGACAGAUGACACCUGGUCAUGUUUUGGCACGACGACUGGGGCAGAAAUUGUGGAGCGCAAGAGCUUGGCAAAGGUUCGUUGAGGGCAGGCCUGAGCAGCUGCCACUCAAGCGGCUUCGGGACCAACAUGCACGCAAGCUGGUCUUGCGCCAGGCUGCCGUAAUCAGACGGCUCACUGGCAAGCAGCGGCAGCCGCCGCCGCAAGCUGAGCAGGCCAUUCGCCGACAAAAGAAGCGCACUGCUUUCACAUUGUUGCGUGCAGCUGGAAUCAUGCGGCAAGGCGUCGCGAAGCGACGUGCGCCAGCACGGGAGCCGUCGUAA